AUGGGUUUUCAGAAAUUUGGGUCGCGAGGUGGUGGUGGACGUGGCGGCUUUCGAGGUGGUAGAGGCGGUGGUCGCUUUGACAAUUCAAACUCUGGUCCUCCAGAGGAAAUUGUUGAGGCUGGCGUUUUCGCUCAUCCAUGUCAGGAAGAUAUAGUGUGCAAAAUUACCUCUCAAAAAAUUCCUUAUUCUAAUGUACCAGUAUACCUCGAGAAUAAAGAAGAAGUUGGAAGGGUUGACGAAAUCUUUGGCCCUAUUAAAGAUGCGUAUUUUUCAAUCAAGUUGGCUGACACAUUGAAGAGUAAAUCAUUCAAGGAAGGAGUUAAAUUUUACAUGGAUCCUGCAAAGUUCCUAACUCUUGAUCGUGUCCUUAAUCCGAAUUCUGGUAGAGGGCGUGGAGGUGGACGAGGUCGUGGAGGUCAAAGAGGUGAUUUUAGGGGCGGCCGAGGAGGUAAUGAUUCAUCAAGGGGCCGUGGUAGAGGUGAAUUCAGAGGUGGUCGUGGUGAAUCUCGUGGAGGUCGGGGUUUCCCAGGACGUUGGAGUGAUAGGGGUGGUCGUGGCAAUCGUGGUGGUCCUCGAGGUGGGAGAGGAGAAUCUAAUGGUUAUCGUGGUGGUGGACGUCACUCAUUUGGAGAGAAACGCAAUGGAAGUUUCAAUGCUUCAGAUACUCCUCAAAGCAAAAAAUUUAAGUCAGAAGAUUAG